CCUUGUGCAACACUCGAUGCGACGAUGAUACGAACCGCCGAGGCCCAAUGCCCAAUCGUAUCGCAGCGUGCCUCGGUAUGCGCGCGCCUACUCACAAAUGAUGCGACUGGUGGUCGCAUCAUUUUCCUUUUUUGUCAUAUUAGCGCGCUUUUCCGAAUUAGUUUUCGCGCGGUAGCUGCUGGCGCGCGGAUUGCCGCACGAAGUGAUUUUGGACGGUGCGUCACGCGUUUUGUUUAUAUUGUUUGUUGUAGUGUGACUACCAGCUGUAUAGAAUACAAAUAACAGUCGCAGACAUGGGUUUUCUUAUCUACACAAUGGCACUGACAGUGCUUCUGACGAUACUGUGGAACAUCAGCAAUGCGGCCAAGUACUACAUCAAUUCGUCGUCUUCGGAAUCGUCUGUGUCAUAUCGGCAUGUGCCCCCAUACCAAUUAUGUUACUUAGGCCACGAGACAGCAGAAAUGCAUUGAUACCAGCAGCUGGUCUGCGAGCUUGCUGCAAGUUCAUGGGAGUUACUUAUGAAGUGGAAGGAAAAGAAAAUAUCGUUAAGAACAGCGGAUGUGUUGUGCUGAUCAAUCAUCAAAGCAUGCUGGAUUUGAUAGUGCUGGCGUGCCUGUGGCCAGUGAUGCCGAACUGUACAGUCAUAUCGAAAAAGGAAAUAUUUUAUCUUCAACCAUUCGGCUUGGCGUCAUGGCUUUGGGGUACCAUCUUCAUAGACAGGAUGAACGUGAAAGGGGCCAGAAGUGCCGUCAACAAAACCGGAGACACGAUAAGGACUAGGCAGGCGCGAGUGCUGAUGUUUCCCGAAGGUACUAGAAACGACAAAAAGGAACUGUUGCCGUUCAAAAAAGGAGCGUUCCAUUUAGCCUUGGCUUCGAGGUGUCCCAUCCAACCUGUGGCAGUUUGCAGAUACACAUUUUUGGGGAAACAAGUAUUUGAUAAUGGCCAUAUAAAGAUUCGCAUCCUGCCAUCGAUUUCCACCGAGGGAUACACGCCUGAAAAUAUGGAUAAACUGAUUGAUGAAGCCUACAAAGUGAUGUCCGAAAACGUGGACGCGAUCAGUGAAAGUGACGCCUGUCAGAUAAACAACAAUUCUUCCGCAAAAAUACUAAAAUAACUCGCAUCUCUCGCAUUAAUUUAAUCCGUAUACUUUUAGUGACCGUCUGAUGGGGCUUAAGUCAAUGGUACUGCUUAUCUGCUCAUCUCAAAUGGUCAAUAAAAUAUGUAACAAGACUUUGGAAGGCAUCAAAUAUCUGUCCAAUUUUUUCAAAAAUCGGUGGGUUUAGGCGGAUCCGUUGAUGAUAUCCGCGAUGUUGCCAAAUAUACAGUUUUGCAACUUUUGUUUUUGUAUGGGAUGCUACACGUUUUAUUCAAUAUUUGUAUUCUGCGAGACUGUUUGAAUACUUACAUACUUUGACGUAGACCUCAUAGUUUUCUCGAAAUAACAAAAGGUAUUUUUUUCAUCUAAGCAAUGAUCGAUAUGGAGAAUAAUUUUCUGUCAUUUCUGACAUUAAAAAGUCAAAACUUUUCCAACAGUAGACCUUGUUAUUGGAUACCGGUGGGGAUAUUUGUCAUUGAAAACAUCGCAAACUUUUUGGUGUGUGCAUCGACGAUUGCCAUAACUCAGAAUCAUUAAAUUUCUAUUCUGAAUAACUCUACUAACAAAACACAAUGGACUUUAAAAUGUCAGAAAUGACAGGAAUUUACUUUCCAUACCAGUCAUUCCUUAGGUGGAAAAAAUACCUUCUAUUGUUUGAAAAUUAAACAUUUCGAAAACUAUGGGGUCUACGUCAAAGUAUGUUCGAUAAAAAGUAUUCGGAAUUUCUCGCAGGAUACAAGUAUCGAAUAAAAUGUACUCGUAUAGCAUUCCAUAUAAAAAACAAAAGUUGCUGACAGUUUCUGAAAAACUGUAGAUUUGGCAACGUCGCGGAUAUCAUCAACGGAUUCGCUGUGGUUUCAAACCGAAACCUCCGAUUUUUAAAAAAAUUGGAGACAUUCGUCAGAUAUUUGAUGAGUUCCAAACUUUUUUUAAUCUGCAUAUUGAUUUGAUACAAAGUUAGUAUACAUAGUUAAAAAAAGCUUGGAAAAGUGGGUUGUGUUUACUAAAAGCUGUAACAUUAACAUUUGAGACGUCUACUAAAGAUGUUGCAACUAAACUAUAACGUAAAGAAAGUUGCAAUCUAAAAUUUUGAACCAAACAGCUAUUGCAAUUCACUAAGGGCCGUAUCGUCAGUGGAUCCUAUAAUUGUAGGACGCCUUUAUGGCCUCCUUGAUUUUCAUAGUUUUUUAUUUCCUUCAGAUAGGCUGGGAUAUUUCUAGAUUUCUACUGUUCCGUGUCAGCGUCCGCGCUCUGUUGUUUCGAGGUUAUGUUUUCCUUUUGAAUCUUCUAUUUCAGGCUGAUAAAAAUCAAGUUUUAUCAGCCGGAAAUUUCUUAGAAUUCAUAAAGAAAAUAUCACCUCAAAAUAGAGCGUUCAAAUGAAAUUUCAAGAACAAUGAAACAAGAUGGUGAAAAAAUUAUUGAUUUAUCUAUAAAAACAAAAAAGUUACAGCUAAUCAAAGUUGCGCCUCGCGAGAAUAUUUUUAUUCCGUCUCAACGCGACUCGUGACGUCACACUUCACUAUCCAGUUGCGACGGCCUUGGCCGACUAAAUUUCCUAAACGCAUACAUAGGUACAGGUACACAUACGAGGGUGGUCCCAGAAGUACCCGACCCAACGAAGAAAUCAUGCUAGCUCGCGCACUUUCAGUCGACGAUCAUUCAGUACCGCUUUGUGAAUUUUCUUCACCAUUUCUGGAGUCGUCACCUCAUUUGGUCGACCACUGCGAUGCUCGUCUUGGAAACUCGUACCGCCUCGUUCAAACUCAGCUACCCAAUAUUUUACUGUUGUAAACGAAGGAGCAGACUCACCCAGAGUAGAAUCCAGUUCAGCUUUUAUUUUGGUUGAGCUGAGGCCUUUGAAAUAAAAGUAUGGUACCACAUAACGAUUACCAAUUUUCUCCAUUUUCACAAAUUCACUGAAAACGUUCAGUAUCGACGACUGCCAAACAAAUAACAGCGUGACGUCUUCAAACUUGACACAUAUGCUUUAUAGGUUGCAUACUUUCUAAUACAAUGAUAUUUUUGAAACAACUAUCGCCAUCUCUAGGUCAGGCCGGGUACUUCUGGGACCACCCUCGUACAGCGGGAACACCUGGUAGGCUAAACGUCUUCCGCGCCAAUUUGUUUAAUUAGUUGACUGCAUAUACGAUCGGUUAUGAGCGAAAUAACAAAGAAGAGGUUGUUAUAAAUACUGUAUCGUUCCAAAAGGUACGAGUAUAACAAUCACAACCCCUAAUAAACAUUUCUUCUACGUACCCUCCCAUAAAAAUAUCUGGAAGAAAUGGUGCAAACUUACGAAGCAUGAUUUGAUUGGACCAAAAAGUACAACAUAUUUCUGUGAAGACCACUUUGAUCUGAGAAUAUCACUUUACUAUUUAUUUAUGAUUAUUAGUUAUAUGAUUUCCAAGGUCAUUUCACUGUGCACGCGGCAUUUCGAGGGAAAACAUUCAUCAACUAAUAUUACAGAUCACUUAUUUAAACUCAGCGAGAACAGGUGUGAGCUACUAUAGCGUCACUUACCCCCCCUAAAAAGACGUCAAUUAGGUUAACUCUGUACGGCAUCAUGUGCGAUGUUUUCGACUUCGAAAGGCUUCAUUACAGAUUGAGAAUGAUACUGAAAAUCCGAUAAAAUAUAAACUAGUCGGUGGAAGAUUGAAGCUGAAAAUCGGAGUAAAGCCUCAUAAUUUUGACUGGCCAAAAGGUGUGCGGCCUUUCACAGAAUGUGGAGCAUAUGAGAAGCAUAUUAGAACGAUGUUCCCUCCACUUCAAGUUGGUAACCACUAGAAUUCAUUCAGUGUGACUCACGUAAAAUCGAAAGCACUAGAAGAUCCACUGCUUGAAGUUUAUACUGUAGCAGGUGAUCAAGACACAAAAAUUAAGCACAAAUAAGUGAAUCUUGCAUUUUUAUGCUUGAAUCUGUAAAGUAAGCAAUUACUUGGAUCUCAUUAAGUUGUCUUCGUUUACAUUCAUUAAUGAAUCUUUCGAAGAAGUUAGGAUCCUCUACUACGUCUAAAUUUGAAGAACUUCCACUUUUGUUAUUAAAAUCUUUAGAUAGCGCCGGUUUCAUCCAGUAACAUUCUAUUGAAGUCCUUGCAGGUCCUCGCUUUUUUUCAAAAGCCAGAUCAAAAACGUUAUUGUGUGUUUACAUCCACCAAGCUUAGCAGCACAACCAUGACGUAUAACAGUUUCAAUUCUUUCCUCACUUUCGUAGUAAGGCGUAGCUUUCACUUUAUGUUCAGGUGUAACUGUACAUUUUACAAUGCAUUUACUUACUUUACGUUUCAACUGAACACAACCAAUAAGAUCUUCACGAUACGAAUCUCUCCCUGCCCUGGAAUAUAUCGUGUCAUAUUCGCAAACUUGUACGCAUAGUCAAAUACCAAAAUUGAUGACAGUAGCGAAACUAAUCGUACGCCACUGGUAUUACGCGGAGGCAUUCGAAAAUGCGGCGAUUCUGUGUGAUUUAUCGGCAACCGUCGCUGUAAUCAAAAGGUACCGCGUCAAAUCAGUGGCGCACGAUGACUUCUGCUACUGUCAUCAAUUCUGGUAUUUGACUAUAGGCAUCGACACUAAUCUGUUUAAAACCUCAGUAGGGUACCGCACCUUUUACAGCUAUACUAUAACUAUCUAAAACUGUAAUGAGUCAUCGAUGUUCACGUGAACAUCACUUAACUACCAGUAGUCGGCUGUUCAUAGGCGGGCUAUGAAUGUUUAACAUGGGUGAACUAGAUUUGUCACAUGCUUAAUGAAGAGUGGUUUGAAACAUAUUGUAAGUCAAAAAUUUGAGAAUUACCUUUAUUCAUCGUCGCUUCCACUUACAUCUGACAGUAAUAAACUGUCGCUAUCGCUUUCCUCGUUGAAAUUGACUAUAACUGGCUCUAUGAUGGUGUCGAUGUGGUGGUCAAGCUGCCACAUUUUUGUUUCUUCCUUCACAACAUGACGGAUAGCAUUCUGCCAAGCUUCGUUCGUUACUAGCUGUAUGGAAGUCUCAAGUAAAACCUUAACGUCUGGUAAUUUGAAGGUUGUGUUAUGGCGCGCAAUAUAACCAUUCACUUGAGCCCAGAUGAGCUCUAUUGGGUUCAGUUCACAGUGGUAGGGCGGUAACCGCAGCACAGUGACACCACAUUGACGGGCCAUCUCAUCAGUCACGUAACUAAUGUUCGCAGAUUUGUGCUGUUUAAUUUUUUCAUACAAUUCCGCUUUCACACAUGAAUCGUCAAACGGGAUUCCUUUUUCGCGCAACCAUUGCUGCAUGUCACUUUUUCGAGAUCCCAAAGUCGGUACACGUUCGGCUCGACGACUAUGGUAGGAAGCAUUAUCCAUGACGAUCACAGAGUUGGGCUCAACUCGCUGAAGCACCCCUUGAAACCAGCUCUCGAAGCAGCUGGCAUUCAUUUCGUCAUGGUAACCACCUCCUUUCUUAGAGACGAAAAUCAAGUCACACUCUUCUAAAAAGCCACUAUCGCUACCAAUAUGAGUUACGAUCAAUCUUUGACCUUUCCCUGACGGUCCACGAAGACCUGUUGACAAACCUUCAAUGCUUGCUUGUCGGUUACUCACUACGUUUUUGUCUAUCCAGGUUUUUUUAACUGUGUGACCUGCAUUUACCCAUGUCUCGUCCAAAUAAUAGAUUUUUCUGCUUUGUCGCCUAUAUUCAAACAUUUCGCGUAGGUAUUUUCGACGCCAGGCGACUAUUUCAGGUCUCUCUAUCAAUACUGACUUCCGAUUACGCGUUUCGUAACGAAAAUUAAUUUCGUGCAGGGAUUUCCUCAUUACCUCAACGCUCAUUUGGGGUAUAAUUUCAUUUUCCUUGAUCGCUGCAUGUACAGCCUUGAGGGUUGGUAUCUCAUUCCUAAAGAAGAAUGAAUGUACGGUUCGCCUUAACGCCAUUUUGCUAUCGUCAUCUAAUUUAACGGCCUUUCGUCCCUUCAAAUUAAACUUUGGAUCAGUAGUAGCUCCAGCUUUCUUCUUUUCAUGCACCAGCCUGCGAAUGGUCCACUCUGGAACGCCUGUCAAACUUUCACAACGCGCGAGUGCAUUUCCCUGCGACAUAGUUCUGUUCAGAUAAUUGAACACGUUGAGCACGAUUUCUUUCGCGUCCCUCUUCAGUGCUUUACGAAGCCGUCUACUUGUUCCCUGGCUUUCAGUACUUCCACUCGUGCCAUUUGUACUCUCCAUGGUUAAGCAUAACCAAAACAGUAACCACAGAAACCACAACAAUAACAAUCACACAACAAUUCUUAUAAAAACACACAAUAUGCGAUCGCUCAACGAAACACGUUCCAAUGCGUUGCCGACGCCUAUGAGUCUGCCGGUCGAGGCGCGUCUUUGAUUGCAUUGGUUCUACCGGCGGAGAACAAUCAGCCAUUAUUUCCAUCUCUGUCUGUGCUGUUGACCACCGCAAAGCCACAGAAACGACAUAUGUCGUACGCUAUACGGCUGUACUGGAAGGAAGCCGGGAUCGAGCUCUGAUCACGUGUUGAGCACGCGUAUGAGUCAUUACAGUUUCAAAUAGUUGUAGUAUAGCCCUUUCCCAAUAAAACUUGAUUAUUAUAUACUAUGUUAUCCGGUAGAUAUCUCCACACUUUUCUUCAACUUCAAAUAUCUAUCUGGUUUCGUAGCAAGUGACACUUUACACGCCUUGACCUUAUGUGUAUCUAUCGCUUGCAUCACUAAUUUACAAUGUAUCGGUAAGAAUAUAUUGAUUUAACCCUAAGACCAAAUGUUAACACGUAAUAAAGAUGCCUGACGUUUUUUUUCCUGAAGGUGCACCACAUUUUCCGAGUACAUUCCACGAUUACUCCCUAAAUAAUUCGAGGUUGCUUACCAGGAAGAGAUACGCUAUGUUAUCAGAACUACCUAUAGACAUAAGAUAUCAAUUUUUAUCAAUAUUCGUAUCACAAACAGAAACUCCAUUGAUGCUGCUUUGAUUACUGGAAUAAGUCAUGUUUUCCGAAACGAUUGAUUUUCAUUUUAUGUUUGUUAUUCUAUACUACCAUACUUGAAAAAACGAGCGAGGCGUUGUUUGGGAGGUUUAGAAUAAGAAAUAAAACCACUUUUAGGCAAUAAAUCACGUCAUGCCCGCCAUCAGUUUAGUUCUUUGUCACGUGUAUUGUAAAAAUUUCAACAGCUUCAAGCAUAUCAUUCCUGUUACAUUUUAGGAUUAAGGAUGUUAUUUGCUUACGUCUGUAUUUAUAAUAAACCUAGAGAUACGUUUUGUAAAGGGAAUUCGUAAUAUGUCAACACCAAAAGAAUAAGAAUAUUUAAUUGAGAAUGUACCAUAAAUUUAACAGACGAUUCUUUGAGUAAUUUUAAAACAAAAAGUUCAUAUAAGCAUAGCUCCGCAAAUUAUUCGUUCUCAAGAUACAGGGUGUUGAAAUUUAAAAAAAAAUGUUUUUUCGUAAAUAUCUUAAAUAUCCUUAACCUAAUUUUGUUGUAAUUCGGCGGUAGUAUUUAUAACAUUAAAGAGCUGAUUUAGUAGACAAAAAAAUGUACGCCACUGGCUUUUGUGCAAUUUUUAUUAUGUUCCUUGGAUUAAACAAAUAGAAAUACAACUUUUUUGUCUCUUGAUUUUUUUCCGUAUCUUGCUUAGUUUUCGAGAAAAAAUUAACUUAACCGCAUAUCCUUGGACCCCACAAGGAAUAUGGGGACAAAUUUCUUUUGGAAAUUAUAAUUUUUUUAAUAAUAUUCAUUUUAAUAAAAAUUAUAAAAAAAUAUCUAAUAAUUUAGAAAAGAAACUUUUCCCUAUAUUCCUUGAAUAGGGGAUAUGCGAUUAAUUUGACUUUUUAUUUUCUCGAAAACUAAGCCAGACACGAAAAAAAUUCAAAAGACAAACACGUUGUAUUUCUAUUUGCUUAAUCUAAAGAACAUAAUAAAAAUUCCACAAAAGUCAGUGACGUACAUUUUUUUGCGACAAAUAUUCGUUCAGAUCCCGAUCGAGUCGUCAGUGGACCUAAUAAAUUUAAUCAACUUAAGGAUAAAUUAAGUUCCUUACUGUUAUAAACACCACCGCCAAAUUACAAAAAAAAAUUAGGCAAAGGAUAUUUAAAACAGUUUUUUCUUCAAUUUUAACACCCUGUAUCUUGAGAACGGAGAAUUAACCGACCUAUGUCCAUAUGAACUUUUUGUCUUAAAAUUACUACUCUUAACUUUAUGGCACAUACUUGAUUAUUUAUGCUUCCAUGCAAGAAGGCCUAGAGACUAUAUACUUGUAGUAAAUAUCAAAAAUGAUAUGCGAGGUAAUGAAACUUAUAGAUGUCUCUCUGAUCCACUUAUGUUUAAAGGUCUGUAGUUUGAAAAAAAAAUUGGUCGCCGAAACAUCGGUAGUAGUUUAUUUUAUUAAUGCGCGUGCGCCAAAGAUGUGCUUGAUAAUCGUCUUCUGUUUAUAUAAAUAUGACUGACUAGACUAAGUAAUCAUAAUUAUAUUUUCAAAUGUGUAUUUUAUUUUAUAAAUGAUGUUAAACGUCCUGGGAAUUCUAUGUUAAAUAUUUAUUUUUAAUAAAACAUUAAAAAAA